AUGCACAGCACGCUCUCACGACUCAACGCCGUGUCUGCGCUCGCCACCACCAUCAUCCUGGUGCUGGUGGUCCUCAUCGAUGUUACCCGUUCCAACUCGCACAAGCCCACGGGUCAAGUGGUGAUCAACCAACUCGAACUGGUUCGUGGCAAGGCGGCGUGGCAUAUGGAUCGAAGCAUUCAAGACUUUGUCCAAGUGGAUUUCAACAUCGAUGCCGACUUUGCGCCGUUGUUCGACUGGAAUACCAAGCAGGUCUUUGUCAGUCUCAGCGCUAGCUACGAUUCGGCCAAACAUGUGAGUGAGGUCGUCAUCUGGGAUCGCAUCCUGCGCAGCAAGCAAGACGCUCACGUCGCUCUCAAUACAGCCAAAAACAAGUACGGCUUUCGCGAAGUCAGCCGCAGCUUCAAAGACAUCACCAACACCACUUUUACCCUCAAAUACAACAUCAUGCCCAAAGUGGGUCUGCUCCAUUACGCCGACGAAUUCACCUCCCAAUCCAUCCCGAUCCCGCCCAAACAGCUGCUCCCCAACGGCCAACAACCUAAGAUCCAGAGAUUGUACUACUGA